AUGGUCUCCAAUUCUGCUGGCUACAGAACAGCAAGGGCGGCAAAAGACGAGUUCACCUGCUCGGUGUGUCUGGACACCCUGACUGACCCUGUGUCACUGCAUUGUGGUCACAGUUUCUGUCUGAAGUGCCUCACGGACUACUGGGAUCAGAGCCAAGUGUGCAGCUGUCCUCAGUGCAGACACACCUUCAUGCUGAGGCCUGAACUGAACAGAAACACUCUGCUGAAUGAAGUCAUCCAGAAAUUAAAGAAGAUGACACUCAGUUCUCCUCCUCGUCAGAAUUAUACUGGCCCUGGAGAUGUGGAGUGUGACUUCUGUACUGGUAAGAAGUUCAGUGCGGUGAAGUCCUGUCUCACCUGCCCGGCCUCCUACUGUCAGACUCACCUGCAGCCUCACUAUGAAGGAGACGCCCUGAAGCACCACAAGCUGGUUGAUCCUGAUAGAAAUCUGAAGGAAAAACUCUGUGAGAAACAUCAGAAAAGUCUGGAGAUAUUCUGUAAAACUGAUGAUUCCUGUAUCUGCAUGAUGUGUGUGGUGACUGAACAUAAUGGUCAUAAAAUGGUCGAGCUGGAGAAGGAAAGAGAAGAAAAGCAGAAACAGCUGGGGGUGACACUUAGUGACAUCAAGAGGAAACUUGAGGAGACAGAGAAGACACUGAAGGAGACGAGGAGGGCGAUGAACGAGAUGAAGGUGUCUGUAGUAAGAGAGGUGGAAGAAAAUGAGAAGAGCUUCACUGCUCUGAUACGGUGCAUUGAGGAAACCCACAGAAAACUGACAGAGAGGAUCAGAGAACAGGAAAAGAGAGAAACGGAGAAGGCUGAAGGAGUCAUGGAGCAACUGGAGAAAGAGAUUGAGGACCUGAAGAGGGGAGAAGCUAAGCUGAAGGAGCUUUUAGAGACCAAGGACCAUCUCCACUUCCUACAGACUUUCUCCUCUCGCUGUGUCCUUCCUGCUAAUGGAGACUCACUGAGCUUCACUGUCACUGCUGAGUUCUCAUCUGAGGACCUGAGAAAGGAGCUGUCAGGUCUGACAAAGAGUCUGGAGAAGAUCAGCCAGUGGGUCACCAUGACAAGGACUCCAUCAGGUACAGCGUCUGGUGACAUUGUGUUUGUUAUUGAAGUCCAUUAGGAGGACCAGAGUGACAAUAAGAGGACACUGAAGAAGGCCU